AUGGAAUACCAGAAGUUGAAAUACCAAGCUGCUGGUCAUGCUGGUCCAUUAGUGGAUACGGAGGGAAAACUGUUAUUUAAGCCUACUGUUCCACAGGAAGCAGAUUUCUAUACGUCAAUACAAGCAACGAAAGAAUUACCAACAAAUGAUCUCUCCUUAGCUAUUUGGAUGCCCAGAUUUAUUGGGACUCUAAUUCAAGGUGUACAAAAUGUACCGGCUUCUGAAAGUAUAACUUUCUUACAGGAUGGAGAGGUUCCUGAACACCUACUUAACAAUGCACAUCUACCGAAAGUCGAUAAAAAGUACAUCGUUCUUGAAAACCUUUUAUAUGGGUUCAAUAAACCUAACGUUCUCGAUAUAAAGCUUGGAAAAAUCCUGCAUGAUCAAAACGCGUCAGAGGAAAAGAAGACACGAUUAAAAUCAGUCAGUAAAAAUACUACCUCUGGCAGCUUAGGCAUCAGAAUAUGUGGGAUGACGAUCGAAAGAAAUUCUCUGACAAAUAUAGAACAGGAUUUCUAUGAAGUGAAGGAAGACGGCUAUAUUCUUAUAAAAGGGCGGUACGGUAGUACUAGAACGCUGGAAAACAUAUUGGAUGCAUUUAAGUUAUAUUUUGGAAACGAUAAGCUUUCUGCUUCUAGGCGGUUCCAGUUAGCGCGUAUUUUUAAGGAAAGGCUACAGCUUUUCUUCAACACCAUAUUAGAUGAAGAAGUGCGCAUGUAUUCAACCAGUCUGCUCUUUAUUUACGAAGGGGAUCCUUCACGCUGGGAUAAGGUAAAUGAUAAAGAUUGCAUCCUUCGCAGUGAUUUCAUCGAUACCGAUAGUGAAGAUGGCGAGGAUGAUGCAGAUGCAUUUGUUGCACCAUUAAGUUCCAUGUCUUUAAUAGAUUUUGCUCACUCUACACUUGCUAAAGGUAUGGGAUAUGAUGAAAACGUCAUUGAAGGUGUAGAAAGUUUAAUAAGUAUAUUUGAAAAACUCUGCGAUUUUUACGGUUAA